AUGAUGAUGAUAGAUUUUGAAUCUUUGUUAGAGUUUGAAGAGUCAUUAGGUCAAGGACUCGACCAUAGUCAUGCCAUACUAUCACGGGCUUUAGAAAAUAAAGUAGAUCACUUGAGAUUGAACGAUGAAGACGAACAAGACUCGAUAUCUUCGAUUAAUUUGUCGUCACCAAUUAAUUUAGACGAAAUCGUUCAAGAGUACAAUAUUUUAGAGGACGAGUUUGCCGCAUGUACCAGUUGUGGACAUUCAUUCAAUGACAAAGACACCACCUCUACAACUAGUCGUAUGACCUGUUGUCAAUUCCAGAUUGAGUUCAACUCCACCGUUGGUCCUUCUUUGGAGAAACUGUACUGGACUUCAUUUUUGGAGAAUCCUACCCGGACAAUAAGCACUUUACCAUAUUACACAGAAUUCCUUUGUCUCAAACAGGGAAUACCUAAUUCAUUACGUUCCAGUAUCUGGAAAAAACUAUUCUUGCUAAACUCAUCUUAUUUACCCAGGAGCAUCCAGCUUAUUUACCAAAAUUUCCAACAUUCCUAUAACGUGGAAGUUUCGCAACAAAUUCAGAAAGAUUUGUGUCGAACUUUCCCUACAAUUGAUUUUUUCAGAAAAACAGAGACAAUUGAUGAUUUGUCGACGAUUUUGAACGUAUAUGCUAAUUACGAUGCAGAAUUGGGCUACUGUCAAGGUCUUUUAUUUUUAGUUGGAGUUCUAUACCACCAUCUAAACAGCGAUUGUGAAUUAACAUUCCACGCAUUAACAAAUAUAAUGGAGAUUGAAACCGAAUUGCAUGACAUCUUCACCCCUAGCUUGAUGUUUCCUACACUAAACAAGUGGUUUGGUGAAUUUACACACAUUUUAAAACAAGCCGAUGAAGAGCUUUAUACGCAUUUGACUUCAUUUACUGAUUUACUGACAUUUUUGUACCAGUGGUGGCUAUCAUUCAUGUCGUCGCAUACUCCCAAUUUCACAAUCAUCAACAGGCAGAUGGAUCUUUGUAUGUUACAAGGAUGGAAGAUUGGUUUAUUCAAGUUGAGUCUUGGGCUCAUAAUUAGUAACAAGCCUAUACUUUUGAACAUAAAGCAAGGUGACGAAGAAGUUGUUUAUCAGCAUAUGCUAAACGAGUCCAAAUGGGGGAUCAUAAUCAAUGACUUGGAUGCGUUUUUUGGAGAAUUGUUAUUUUCGUGGAACGAUGCACUUUUUUUGGAUGUUGAGUCUAUACAAGCACCUCUGGUGUCAGCUCCAGCAAGUAUUUCAAUAUUUGACUCGCUCAAAGCGUUAUCUUCGUUGACAAUCAAGUCACUGACCAUGAAUCGAGAGAGAUCCAAUACGUUGAGUUCUUUGAUUAACCAAUCCUCAGCGUCGAUAUUUUCGUCCAACACAACAGUGUGUCAAGUUGGAAAUAAUGAACUAGAUUCGGUGUACUCGGAUGUUAGUGAGGAUAGUCAAACAGAAGCUCGAUCAUUGAUUAGUUAUUUGAAGAUUCCAACAUUUUCCAAGAAGGAAGGAAACAAGGAGAAUGGGGAUGAGUUGGUUAUGGAGAAUGAAUUACUAAAGGGUUUACUUUCAAGGGCCUAUGAUUUGUUGGAUGAGACAUGUUUAGGGAAGCAAGCCGAGGUUACUUUGUUGAGAAAGGAGAUUUCAAAGGUAUUGGGAGGUGAUGUUAGAGGUAGUGCAAGGGAAGAGUAG